GAUUUGCUAGUGUCGUGAAUAAAAAGAAAAGCAAAAUGUCACAACAGUCUAAUAUUUGUGAAAAAUUAUGCUCUAAUGAUCGAACAUUAAUAACACACAAAUUCAAUCAUACAGGUGAGAAACCAUAUCAUUGUGAUACCUGUGGUAAAUCAUACUCUCAAAAACAAUUACUAAUUAAACACAACCGCAAGCAUACAGGUGAGAAACCAUAUCAUUGUGAUACCUGUGAUAAAUCAUACUCUCAAAAACAAUUACUAAUUAAACACAACCGCAAGCACACAGGUGAGAAACCAUAUCAUUGUGAUACCUGUGAUAAAUCAUACUCUCAAAAACAAUUACUAAUUAAACACAACCGCAAGCACACAGGUGAGAAACCAUAUCAUUGUGAUACCUGUGAUAAAUCAUACUCUCAAAAACAAUUACUAAUUAAACACAACCGCAAGCACACAGGUGAGAAACCAUAUCAUUGUGAUACCUGUGAUAAAUCAUACUCUCAAAAACAAUUACUAAUUAAACACAACCGCAAGCAUACAGGUGAGAAACCAUAUCAUUGUGAUACCUGUGAUAAAUCAUACUCUCAAAAACAAUUACUAAUUAAACACAACCGCAAGCAUACAGGUGAGAAACCAUAUCAUUCUGACACCUGUGAUAAAUCAUUCUCUCAAGAACAAUUACUAAUUAAACACAACCGCAAGCAUACAGGUGAGAAGCCAUAUCAUUGUGACACCUGUGAUAAAUCAUUCUCUCAAGAACAAUUACUAAUUAAACACAACCGCAAGCAUACAGGUGAGAAGCCAUAUCAUUGUGACACCUGUGAUAAAUCAUUCUCUCAAGAACAAUUACUAAUUAAACACAACCGCAAGCAUACAGGUGAGAAACCAUAUCAUUCUGACACCUGUGAUAAAUCAUUCUCUCAAGAACAAUUACUAAUUAAACACAACCGCAAGCAUACAGGUGAGAAACCAUAUCAUUGUGACACCUGUGAUAAAUCAUUCUCUCAAGAACAAUUACUAAUUAAACACAACCGCAAGCAUACAGGUGAGAAACCAUAUCAUUCUGACACCUGUGAUAAAUCAUUCUCUCAAGAACAAUUACUAAUUAAACACAACCGCAAGCAUACAGGUGAGAAACCAUAUCAUUGUGACACCUGUGAUAAAUCAUUCUCUCAAGAACAAUUACUAAUUAAACACAACCGUAAGCAUACAGGUGAGAAACCAUAUCAUUGUGACACCUGUGAUAAAUCAUUCUCUCAAGAACAAUUACUAAUUAAACACAACCGUAAGCAUACAGGUGAGAAACCAUAUCAUUGUGACACCUGUGAUAAAUCAUUCUCUCAAGAAGAAUUACUAAUUAAACACAACCGUAAGCAUACAGGUGAGAAACCAUAUCAUUGUGACACCUGUGAUAAAUCAUUCUCACAAGAAGAAUUACUAAUUAAACACAACCGUAAGCAUACAGGUGAGAAACCAUAUCAUUGUGACACCUGUGAUAAAUCAUUCUCUCAAGAACAAUUACUAAUUAAACACAACCGUAAGCAUACAGGUGAGAAACCAUAUCAUUGUGACACCUGUGAUAAAUCAUUCUCUCAAGAACAAUUACUAAUUAAACACAACCGUAAGCAUACAGGUGAGAAACCAUAUCAUUGUGACACCUGUGAUAAAUCAUUCUCUCAAGAACAAUUACUAAUUAAACACAACCGUAAGCAUACAGGUGAGAAACCAUAUCAUUGUGACACCUGUGAUAAAUCAUUCUCUCAAGAACAAUUACUAAUUAAACACAACCGUAAGCAUACAGGUGAGAAACCAUAUCAUUGUGACACCUGUGAUAAAUCAUUCUCUCAAGAACAAUUACUAAUUAAACACAACCGUAAGCAUACAGGUGAGAAACCAUAUCAUUGUGACACCUGUGAUAAAUCAUUCUCUCAAGAACAAUUACUAAUUAAACACAACCGCAAGCAUACAGGUGAGAAACCAUAUCAUUCUGACACCUGUGAUAAAUCAUUCUCUCAAGAACAAUUACUAAUUAAACACAACCGUAAGCAUACAGGUGAGAAACCAUAUCAUUGUGACACCUGUGAUAAAUCAUUCUCUCAAGAACAAUUACUAAUUAAACACAACCGCAAGCAUACAGGUGAGAAACCAUAUCAUUCUGACACCUGUGAUAAAUCAUUCUCUCAAGAAGAAUUACUAAUUAAACACAACCGCAAGCAUACAGGUGAGAAACCAUAUCAUUGUGACACCUGUGAUAAAUCAUUCUCUCAAGAACAAUUACUAAUUAAACACAACCGCAAGCAUACAGGUGAGAAACCAUAUCAUUCUGACACCUGUGAUAAAUCAUUCUCUCAAGAAGAAUUACUAAUUAAACACAACCGUAAGCAUACAGGUGAGAAACCAUAUCAUUGUGACACCUGUGAUAAAUCAUUCUCUCAAGAACAAUUACUAAUUAAACACAACCGUAAGCAUACAGGUGAGAAACCAUAUCAUUGUGACACCUGUGAUAAAUCAUUCUCUCAAGAACAAUUACUAAUUAAACACAACCGUAAGCAUACAGGUGAGAAACCAUAUCAUUGUGACACCUGUGAUAAAUCAUUCUCUCAAGAACAAUUACUAAUUAAACACAACCGUAAGCAUACAGGUGAGAAACCAUAUCAUUGUGACACCUGUGAUAAAUCAUUCUCUCAAGAACAAUUACUAAUUAAACACAACCGUAAGCAUACAGGUGAGAAACCAUAUCAUUGUGACACCUGUGAUAAAUCAUUCUCUCAAGAACAAUUACUAAUUAAACACAACCGUAAGCAUACAGGUGAGAAACCAUAUCAUUGUGACACCUGUGAUAAAUCAUUCUCUCAAGAACAAUUACUAAUUAAACACAACUGCAAGCAUACAGGUGAGAAACCAUAUCAUUGUGACACCUGUGAUAAAUCAUUCUCUCAAGAACAAUUACUAAUUAAACACAACUGCAAGCAUACAGGUGAGAAACCAUAUGAUUGUGACACCUGUGGUAAAUCAUUCUCUCAAGAACAAUUACUAAUUAAACACAACCGCAAGCAUACAGGUGAGAAACCAUAUUAUUGUGAUACCUGUGAUAAAUCAUUCUCUCAAGAACAAUUACUAAUUAAACACAACCGUAAGCAUACAGGUGAGAAACCAUAUCAUUGUGAUACCUGUGAUAAAUCAUUCUCUCAAGAACAAUUACUAAUUAAACACAAUCGCAAGCAUACAGGUGAGAAACCAUAUCAUUGUGAUACCUGUGGUAAAUCAUUCUCUCAAAAUCAUUUCCUAAUUCUACACAAGCGCAGGCAUACAGGUGAGAAACCAUAUCGUUGUGACACCUGUAGUAAGUCAUUCACUAGUAUUCGAAGACUAAUUGAACACACCUGUAUUCCUACAUGUGAGAAACUAUAUAAUUGUGAUACCUGUGGUAAAUCAUUCUCUCAAAAGCAAUUACUAAUUAAACACAGGCAUAAACAUAAAGUUGAGAAGCCAUAUGAUUGUGACACCUGUGGCAAAUCAUUCUCUGGAAGCCAAGAGCUAAUUCAUCACAAGCAAAUUCAUACAGAGGGGAAACUAUAUUUUUGUAGUGUCUGUGGUGAACUGUUCUCUGGAGUUCAAGAAAUAGUUCAACACAGUCAAACUCAUACAGGAAAGACUGUGUAUUAUUGUGAUAUCUGUGGUAAAUCGUUCCCUCUAAUACAACAGCAAAUUAAACACACACAGCGUCAUAGAGUAAGGAAACCGUGUCAUUGUGAUAUAUGUGAUAUGUCAUUCUCCAGUGAUAGAAGUUUAAUUCGACACAUAGAAAAACUUGCAAGCGGGAAAGAAAAUUGCGAUAUCUGUGGUGAUUCAUUCUCUGGAAUUCAAGAACUAAUUCAACACAAACAAACUCAUACAGCAGAGGAACUACAUUGUGAUAUCUGUGGUGAUUCGUUCUCUGGAAUUCAAGAACUAAUUCAACACAAACAAACUCAUACAGCAGAGGAACUACAUUGCGAUAUCUGUGGUGAUUCGUUCUCUGGAAUUCAAGAACUAAUUCAACACAAACAAACUCAUACAGCAGAGGAACUACAUUGCGAUAUCUGUGGUGAUUCGUUCUCUGGAAUUCAAGAACUGAUUCAACACAAACAAACUCAUACAGCAGAGGAACUACAUUGUGAUAUCUGUGGUGAUUCGUUCUCUGGAAUUCAAGAACUAAUUCAACACAAACAAACUCAUACAGCAGAGGAACUACAUUGUGAUAUCUGUGGUGAUUCGUUCUCUGGAAUUCAAGAACUGAUUCAACACAAACAAACUCAUACAGCAGAGGAACUACAUUGUGAUAUCUGUGGUGAUUCGUUCUCUGGAAUUCAAGAACUGAUUCAACACAAACAAACUCAUACAGCAGAGGAACUACAUUGCGAUAUCUGUGGUGAUUCGUUCUCUGGAAUUCAAGAACUGAUUCAACACAAACAAACUCAUACAGCAGAGGAACUACAUUGUGAUAUCUGUGGUGAUUCGUUCUCUGGAAUUCAAGAACUAAUUCAACACAAACAAACUCAUACAGCAGAGGAACUACAUUGCGAUAUCUGUGGUGAUUCGUUCUCUGGAAUUCAAGAACUGAUUCAACACAAACAAACUCAUACAGCAGAGGAACUACAUUGUGAUAUCUGUGGUGAUUCGUUCUCUGGAAUUCAAGAACUGAUUCAACACAAACAAACUCAUACAGCAGAGGAACUACAUUGUGAUAUCUGUGGUGAUUCGUUCUCUGGAAUUCAAGAACUGAUUCAACACAAACAAACUCAUACAGCAGAGGAACUACAUUGUGAUAUCUGUGGUAAAUCGUUCUUUCUAAAGCAGCGAUUAAAUCAACACAAACAAACUCAUACAGCAGAGGAACUACAUUGUGAUAUCUGUGGUAAAUCGUUCUUUCUAAAGCAGCGAUUAAAUCAACACAAACAAACUCAUACAGCAGAGGAACUACAUUGUGAUAUCUGUGGUAAAUCGUUCUUUCUAAAGCAGCGAUUAAAUCAACACAAACAAACUCAUACAGCAGAGGAACUACAUUGUGAUAUCUGUGGUAAAUCGUUCUUUCUAAAGCGGCGAUUAAAUCAACACAAACAAGCUCAUACAGCAGAGAAACUAUAUCAGUGUGGUAUCUGUGGUGAAUCGUUUUUUCAAAGAGAGCAUCGUAUUCAACACAGACAACGUCAUAUACGUAUGAAUCCAUAUCGAUAUUGAUGCUAUAUCUGUGGUAAACCCUUCUCUAGAUAUCAACAACUGAUUUAUCACAACAGGAAACGAGAGAAUUGUCAUAUAUGAUAAAUCGUUCGAUAUCAUUAAAAAUUUUAAAUAUUUUUGUUGUUUUUGUAAAAUCUCAGAAAAUAAUUAAAAAAAUUAACAUUUUUUGUCAAA